CCGCUGUCAGAGGGACCAGUCGACCGGGUGAAUAUCAUUUUCGGCGUUACGAAAUCGAGGUCGGCGUGAGGCACAUGGUGGAAUCCUAACCUCUGGAGCUCCAUAUUUUCUCCUUCUAAAAAGGAAAACCCCUUAUUGAAAGGUUUAAAUUAUUGAAAUAACGAUGAAACUCAUUGCGAGUGUUGCGGACCUCCCACUGGGAGCCCUGAUUGCAUCAGAAGUCGUCAAUUCAGCGAAAAAGGGGGAAAUUACUGUUGAGUUAUCAAAAGAAUUGAAAUCUCCAAUCAGUGCUCAAUUGUUGAUUGAUGGAAAAGUUUUUUGCGAAACUAGCACUGAUGUUGGACGCUUUUUAGCCAGAACUGUUGAUACCGAUCUUUAUGGUGGUGACAACAACAUCGAUAGGACCCAAGUAGACAGCUGGAUUUCUUUCGCCGUGGGUCCCCUCUCAGUUGUUAAAUCCUGGCCUACAUCCAUUGAGUUCCUGGACAAGGCCCUAGUGACGAAAACCUGGCUGGUCUCGAAACGUCUGACUCUCGCUGAUAUUUUCGUGUUUUCAACCCUGAGGGGACUAUUCUACACUCCUGCACACUUCCAGAAUUACUGCAACGUCAACCGGUGGUUCAACGAGAUGUCGUCCCUGCCAUCAGUCCAGAAAUACUCGUCUCUUCUGAAAAAACCCUCCCAAGCCGUAUCAGCGUCCUCGAAAAUCGCCAAGGCUUCAAAAGAAAUCCCUUCACCGGAAGGAAGGAAGCAAGAAGGAAAAUUCAUCGAACUUCCUGGGGCUGAAGAGGGGAAAGUCGUUGUGCGUUUUCCACCAGAAGCUAGUGGUUUUCUUCACAUUGGACACGCUAAAGCAGCUCUUCUGAAUGCCUAUUAUGCAGAAACCUUCAAGGGACAACUGAUUAUGAGAUUCGACGACACAAAUCCAGCCAAAGAAACCGUAGAAUUCGAACAGGCUAUCCUGGAGGACCUGCGACUUCUGGAGGUCAAGGCCGACAGGUUCACCCAUUCUUCUGAUUACUUUGAGUUGAUGUUGACAUAUUGCGAAAAACUUAUUAAGGAGGGAAAGGCUUUUGUUGAUGACACCCCAGGGGAAACCAUGAAGGAGCUCCGGGAGAAGAGAUUGCCAUCAACAAAUCGUGACAAUCCAGUGGAUAAGAACCUGGAGUUGUGGAAAGAGAUGCAGAAAGGAUCGAAGAGAGGUCAGGAGUGCUGUGUCAGGGCUAAAAUAGAUUAUGAAUCUGCCAAUGGGUGUAUGAGAGACCCCACGAUCUAUCGAUGCAAGCCUGAGCCCCAUCCAAGGACUGGAACAAAGUACAAGGUAUAUCCAACCUACGACUUCGCCUGUCCCAUUGUGGAUGCAGUGGAGAACGUCACACAUACAUUGAGGACAACUGAGUACCAUGAUAGGGAUGACCAGUUCUUCUGGUUUAUCGAGGCCCUGGGCUUGAGGAAGCCGCACGUUUGGGCAUAUUCCAGACUGAAUAUGACGAAUACUGUCUUAUCCAAGAGGAAAUUGACUUGGUUUGUCGACCAGGGGCUUGUCGAUGGCUGGGAUGACCCCAGAUUUCCUACAGUCAGGGGUAUCCUCAGGAGGGGAAUGACCGUCGAGGGCCUGAAACAGUUCAUCAUUUCUCAGGGCAGCUCUAGAUCCGUUGUUUUCAUGGAGUGGGACAAAAUCUGGAGUAUUAAUAAGAAAGUUGUCGAUCCUGUUGCCGUCAGAUAUACUGCAUUAAAUGAAGAUGAACUCAUCCCAGUUCAUGUCAGUGGAGCCAUUGAAGGGGUAUUAACUGUUCAGAAUCAUCCCAAGGAUCCAUCACGAGGCACAAAGGAAGUGAAAACUGGUCCAUUGGUGCUAAUCGAGAGAACUGAUGCUGAGACCCUUACAGAAGGGCAAAAUGCCACCUUCAUCAAUUGGGGAAAUCUCAUGAUUGAGGCCAUCAAGAAGGAGAAUGGAGUCAUAACGGCAGUCAAUGCUAAACUGAAUAUUGAUAAUAAAGAUUAUAAGAAUACAGUGAAACUCACGUGGUUGGCUGCCAAGAGUCCAGCUAAAGAAGUCUCCGCUGAAGAGUUGCUCAAUUGUUAUGCUGUCUACUUUGAUCAUAUCAUCAGUAAACCUGUUCUGGGAAAAGAUGAUGAUUUUAAGGAUUUCGUGGCUAAAGAUACGAGGAAAGAAGUAAAACUUCUUGGAGAAUUCGAGUUGAAACGUGUGAAAAAGGGUGAGAUAAUUCAGCUCCAACGAAAGGGCUUUUUCCGUUGUGACGUUCCUUAUAAGUCAGCAACAAGUUUCUCCUGUCGUGAGCAGCCCCUGAUUCUUUUUCACAUUCCUGAUGGACACGUCGCCUCAACCGCUUCAUCAGCAGCUCCUCCAGCAGUGAAAAAAAAUGCUGCCGUUGGCGGUUCAAGCAAAAAGGGCCUUGGAGAGAUAAUAAAGAGUAUUGAACUCCAAGGGAAUAAAAUUCGUGAUUUGAAAUCAGCUAAAUCAGACAAAAGUGUAAUUGAUCCUGAAGUUCAGAAACUACUGGCCUUGAAAGCUGAAUAUAAACAAAUUGCUGGGAGUGAUUGGAAGCCUGGAGUAACAGCUCCAGCAUCAUCAUCUGCUCCAGCUUCUUCCAAAGACUUGGGGGAGAUAAUAAAGGGCAUUGAAGUCCAGGGGAAUAAAAUUCGUGAUUUGAAAUCAGCUAAAUCAGACAAAAGUGUAAUUGAUCCUGAAGUUCAGAAACUACUGGCUCUGAAAGCUGAAUAUAAACAAAUAGCUGGGAGUGAUUGGAAGCCUGGAGUAACAGCUCCAGUGUCAUCAUCUGCUCCAGCUUCUUCCAAAGACCUGGGGGAGAUAAUAAAGAGUAUUGAACUCCAGGGGAAUAAAAUUCGUGACUUGAAAUCAGCUAAAUCAGACAAAAGUGUAAUUGAUCCUGAAGUUCAGAAACUACUGGCUUUGAAAGCUGAAUAUAAACAAAUUGCUGGGAGUGAUUGGAAGCCUGGAGUAACAGCUCCAGCAUCAUCAUCUGCACCAGCUUCUUCCAAAGACCUGGGGGAGAUAAUAAAGAGCAUUGAACUCCAGGGGAAUAAAAUUCGUGACUUGAAAUCAGCUAAAUCAGACAAAAGUGUAAUUGAUCCUGAAGUUCAGAAACUACUGGCUUUGAAAGCUGAAUAUAAACAAAUAGCUGGGAGUGAUUGGAAGCCUGGGGUAAAAGCCCCAGUAUCAUCAUCCGCCUCAAAGGAUCUCGUGACUUCCCACAAGAAAGGAACAGACCAAGGUGACACGGUGCCGGCCCUGAAAACCGCAAAACCUGACGGGGACAUAGUGGAAGAAAAUCUCAAGCACCUCAUAGCAAUGAAGGAGAACUACAAAGAGGCUUCAAGAAAGGAAAAGAAGCCCAACCAGGCCCCACAAUCCACUGCUUCAUCAUCCUCAAAUAAUCCUGACGAUCUUUCUCGAAAGAUCAAAGAACAAGCCGAUCAAAUCGAGGAGCAAAUCAAAUUGCUCUCCUCUCUGAAGUCCCAGUUCAAAUCAGCAACUGGUAAAGAAUGGUCUCCAACGGCUCCAUCGGCCGAGCCAUCAUCAAAUAAAGCUGACGAAUUAUCCCGACAAAUUGCUGAGCAAGGAGAUAAAAUCCGUCAACUGAAAUCGAAAAAAGCAGAGAAAGGCGUCAUCGACGACGAAGUGAAAACUCUACUCAAGCUGAAGAAUGAAUAUAAGACAGCAACUGGAGAGGAUUGGAAACCACCAGCAGACACCAGUAAGAAGACCUCGAAACCAUCGGAGAAGCCCAAGAAAGAUAAACCUAAGGUCGACAAAAAGCAAGAGAAGAAAGAGCCCUCGAAGACAGGAACUCGUCUAGGACUCGAGGCUAAGAAAAAUGAGAAUCUUCCAGACUGGUUCUCCCAGGUCAUCACCAAAGGCGAAAUGAUCGAAUACUCCGAUAUCUCCGGGUGCUACAUCCUCCGACCCUGGAGUUUCUCCGUGUGGGAGGCGAUCAGAGACUUUUUCGAUGGAGAAAUUAAGAAAUUAGGAGUGGAAAACAGCGCUUUUCCCAUGUUCGUUUCAAAAGCUGCUCUGGAACGUGAGAAGGAUCACAUCGCUGACUUUGCCCCUGAAGUGGCGUGGGUGACAAAAAGUGGAGAUUCCGAUUUAGCCGAGCCAAUCGCCAUCAGACCAACAUCUGAGACUGUGAUGUACCCAUUCUAUGCCAAAUGGCUCAAGUCUCACAGAGAUCUUCCUUUAAAAUUAAAUCAAUGGAACAGCGUCGUGAGGUGGGAGUUCAAGCAUCCCCAGCCCUUCCUCAGGACCAGGGAGUUCCUCUGGCAGGAAGGACAUUCAGCUUUUCUGACAAAACCUGAGGCCGAUGAAGAGGUGCUCGUCAUUCUGGAUCUUUAUGCCCAGAUUUAUGAGGAUUUACUUGCUAUUCCUGUGGUCAGGGGAAGGAAGAGUGACAAGGAGAAGUUUGCAGGUGGAGAUUAUACCACUACAGUUGAGGCUUACAUAUCGGCCAGUGGAAGGGCUAUCCAGGGAGGCACUAGUCACCACCUGGGGCAGAACUUCUCCAAGAUGUUUGAGAUAUUGGUGGAGGGAGCAGAGGAGGGAAGUGAAAAGACAUAUGUUUAUCAAAACUCUUGGGGCAUCACUACGAGGACCAUUGGGGUGAUGGUUAUGGUCCAUGGAGAUGACAAGGGGCUGGUUCUGCCUCCCAGGGUGGCGAAGGUUCAGGCAAUUAUUGUGCCCUGUGGUAUCACUGCCGCCACUAGUGCUGAGGACAGGGAGAGGCUCAUGGUGGAGUGCAAGAAGCUGGAGGCAGAGCUGGUGGAAGGCGGGGAAGUGAAGGUCAGAGGUGACUAUAGGGAUAAUUAUAGUCCAGGGUGGAAGUUCAAUCAUUGGGAGUUGAAGGGAGUUCCUGUCAGGAUUGAGGUGGGAUUCAAGGAUCUGGAGAAGGGAGAGGUGACACUCGUCAGGAGGGAUACUUCCGCCAAGACGACGGCUAAGAGGACCCAGGCCAAGAACGAGAUCAAACAGUUGCUGGAGGAGAUUCAUAACAAUAUGUUUGCCACGGCAAAGUCUGAGCUUCAAAGUCACGUGAAGCAGACGAAUGAUUGGAACGAAUUCUGCAAACUGUUGGAUCAGAAGAACCUGUUGCUCUCGCCAUUCUGUGGAGGUAUAAGUUGUGAGGAGCAGAUUAAAGCUGACAGCACAAGGAGUGACGAUGAAGAGCCUGGGGCACCGUCAAUGGGAGCCAAGAGUCUCUGCAUUCCAUUCGAUCAACCCAAAGUGUCUCUGGAGUCACUAAAAUGCAUUCACCCCAAAUGUUCAGAGAGACCGAAAUUCUUCACUCUGUUUGGAAGGAGUUAUUGAAAUAGAGAGAACAAAAAAGACAACUUUUUCAAAUGG